AUGAAAAUGCAAAAACUCACUGUUCUGGCUGUCAUGAGCAUGCAAUCUUCUCGCCGGUCCUCUGCGAUGACCACCAAUAACCUUAAGUCCAACCGGCUCUCUUCCAAAUCCAUCAACUUUGGCGGCUGUUGGAUCUCUGUCUCAGGUUCUGAGUCUCAGACUGUGGAGGUCCAGUCUGGUGAAGAUGUCACACUGAUGUGCUCCGGCAUGGACGAACAGGUUUCAGUCAGAUAUUGGCUGAAACUAGUUGUUGCACACUUGUACACAAAGAACCAAGCAGCCAUGGUCAAAGGAACCAACAUCCAAUGUGUCUCUACUAUGACCAGUUAUAACAGCACAGUGACAUAUCGUGAUGGAUUCAGUAAUCAUAAGUUCACUAUGUUGUCCAACACCUCUACUAUCUUUCUCAAAGUCCGUUCAGUGGAAUUAAACGACUCUGGAAUUUAUUACUGUGGAUUUAACAAAGAUGGACGUCCAUUUCUUACUACGAUACAUCUAAAGAUCAAUGAGUGUGAUGGAGCAGCGACUCUGGUGAGUGUCGUCCUGCGUGGUUUGACUCUUUUGCUUGUGAUGGUCGUCAUCGGUCUGGUUCUGCUGAAGAAAGACAGAAUCCAGGACACCGUGAGGUGA